UUGUGCAAUAUAGCAAACAGAUAUCAUGGGAAUCCACACCUGCAACAGGGUAACCUCCCUUGUUUUCCUUGUUUUCCUUGCUUCUUUACAUUCUUCACUUCCCCUUGCUUCUGCCUCUAGUGAAGAAGCAAAUGCUCUUCUCAAAUGGAAAUCCAGCCUCCAAAAUAAAAGUCAGUCUGUACUAUCUACGUGGACUGUGCUUCCGCACAAUGCAACCAACUCCAAACCAAGUACCGGGCCCUGCACCUGGUUUGGAGUUUCUUGCAAUGCCCAAGGAAGUGUUGCUAGAAUGAAUCUUAGUGUUUCUGGUAUAUCAGGUACGCUUGAUGAGUUUCCUUUUAUGUCUCUCCCUGACCUCACACAUGUUGAUUUCUGUAUCAACAAUAUGUCUGGGGUUAUUCCACCUCAAAUUAGUUACCUUUCCAAGCUUGUCUAUCUUGAUUUUUCCACCAAUCAAUUUUUUGGGACAAUCCCACCAGAAAUUGGCCUACUACAGCAUCUUGAGAUCCUCCACCUUGCUGAGAAUCAUUUCAACGGCUCAUUUCCUCAAGAAAUAGGUCAGCUGAAGUCUCUUAAGGAGCUUGAUAUGUACACCAACAACUUAGAGGGUCCCAUACCUGCAUCUCUAGGCAACUUGACCAAUCUGGCUUGGUUAUCUCUCUCUAGCAGUUCCUUCUCUGGUUCCAUUCCCCCAGAAAUGGGAAAUCUCUCUAGCUUGGUUGAACUUUACCUAGACAACAACCUUUUAACUGGUGCAGCCAUUUUGUCAUUAGCAGUUCUUGGGAUCAUCUUCAGCUUCAAAAGAAAGAUGAGAUACUCACAUUUCUCAGUAACCGUAUCUUCAAACACAUGUUCGACUAGAGGAGGUGUUGGAUCAGAGGUUUCCAAGUCCAUCGCCAGGAGUCCAAGACAAGCUGAGGUUGAUCAUGGAGGCCGCAUCUUCAUGCUUAAAUGCCAAUCCCGAAUCUCGACCAACCAUGUACUCGGUCUCCCAGAUGUUUUCCACCUGAGACUAUUCCUUCCACAACUUCAAGAUCUUCAUCAUUACGUCUGCUGAGUUUAUUUUCCUUUUAGUUUUUGCAAAAUAAUAAGAUCUCAAAACAAAUCAAUAAUUGGCAUACAUUAGUUAUUUAAUGAUAUAAUAUAAUUAUAAAUUUGUAAUGUUACA